AUCUGCUCCAUGCACACUCACACUGGACCACUGAAGAUACUUACAUAUCCAUAGAUUGGAUAACACACAGGAGAGGGUGACGCACAGCUGUGGAUCUUCUAUUCCGAAGGUUUCGUUUGCAUGUAUAAAUGGCAAAAAAUAACAUCAGAUAGACGUCUAAAUUAGAUUUUUUUUCUGGAGGAUGGACCUGCCAAACAAGGAGAGACCAUCACUGGCGAAUGGCCCGAAAUUGAGGGGGCGGAGUCACUGUUGCUCAAGUCUAAAGAUGUUCCUCGUGGCCUUGUCUUUCGCCUAUUUCGCCAAGUCAUUAUCUGGGAGCUAUAUGAAAAGCACAAUAACUCAGCUGGAAAGACGCUUCGACAUCCCCAGUUACUUAAUAGGUGUCAUUGACGGCAGCUUUGAAAUAGGUAACUUGUUGGUGAUUGCCUUUGUGAGUUACUUCGGUGCCAAACUUCACCGUCCGAAGAUCAUAGCCAUCGGCUGCCUGCUGAUGUCAAUAGGGACGUUUCUAAUUGCCUUGCCCCAUUUCAUUAUCGGACGAUACAAGUUCGAAACAUCGAUUAGAUCAUCGGUGAACUCGAGCAAUAAUCUGUCUCCGUGUCCAGCGAGGUCUGCCAGCGUUCCGUCCACAGGUCCCAGCACAUCUUCAAUACCCAGCUCAGGUUGUGAACAGGAGUCCAGGUUGUCUAUGUGGAUUUAUGUUUUUGUGGGGAAUAUCUUGCGUGGAAUUGGUGAGACCCCCGUGCAACCUCUGGGAAUUUCAUACAUAGACGACCACGCUUUGGAGGAAAACGCAGCCUUCUACAUCGGAUGUGUCCAGACGAUAUCGGUCAUUGGUCCAGUGUUUGGGUACCUGCUGGGGUCUGUCUGUGCCAAGAUUUAUGUGGACAUUGGAUUUGUCAACAUGGAGAGCAUCAGCAUCACUCCAGGAGAUGCGCGCUGGGUGGGUGCCUGGUGGCUGGGGUACCUCAUUGCAGGACUCAUCACGCUCUUCUCAGCCGUGCCGUUCUGGUUCCUGCCUAAGUCUUUACCCCUGCCGGAAAGACGGCUUGCCAAGUAUUCUCCUGAGAGGACCAGUUUCAUCAAAGGCUCGCCCCUGCUGGAGCACAAAUAUCACGCAGAUGAGCCCACAAACCUCCUGGAAAUGGCCAAAGACUUCCUGCCAACAUUGAGAUCCCUGUUGGGAAACCCGGUUUAUUUUUUAUAUCUGUGUGUCACUAUCAUUCAAUUCAACUCUUUGAUCGGCAUGGUGACGUACAAGCCAAAAUACAUCGAGCAGCACUACGGACAGUCUGCGUUUAAAGCCAACUUUCUCAUGGGAGUGAUUAACAUCCCAGCUGUAGCUUUGGGAAUGUUUUCAGGAGGGUUGAUCAUGAAGAAGUUCAAGCUGAGCAUCAUGGGAGCGGCCAGGUUUGCUCUGGGAACGUCUCUCCUGGGAUAUUUUCUGUCUCUUUUCUUCUUCGCCAUGGGAUGUGAGAAUGCCGACGUGGCCGGAAUCACCGUCUCAUACAAUGGGACGGGCCGUCUUUACAAAGAGGACGCAUCUCUGUUUUCCACCUGCAACGCUGACUGUCAGUGUCCUGAGACACACUGGGACCCCGUGUGCGGUGAGAAUGGCCUCACGUACGUCUCUCCCUGCUUGGCUGGAUGCCAGACGUCCCGCGGCUCUGGCAUGAAAACGGUGUUCCAGCAGUGCAGUUGUGUAGUGGGUGGAAAUCAAACGGCCAGCGCUGGUCAGUGUAACAACAGAGACAGCUGCCAGCGAGUCUUCCCAUACUUCCUGGCUCUGUCCGUCAUCACUUCCUUUAUCAUCUCAUUGGGCGGAACGCCGGGAUACAUGCUGCUCAUCAGAUGCAUCAAGCCCCAGCUGAAGUCUUUAGCUUUGGGAUUUCACACAUUGGCAACAAGAACUCUGGCUGGAAUUCCAGCUCCUAUAUACUUCGGAGCCAUUAUAGACACCACCUGUCUGAAAUGGGGUCACAAGAAAUGUGGCGGCAGAGGAGCCUGUCGAAUCUACAACACCACGGCCUACAGGAUAGCAUAUCUUGGCCUGACGCUGGGUUUACGGACGGCAUCUUUCUUCCUCUGCGUGUUGGGUCUGGUGGUGUUAAAAUGGCACGUUCAGAAACAAGAGCGAGGUGCGCUGGCUAACGGAGGCACGGGUGCUGCGGCCGCUGAACUGCAGGCUCUUAGAAAGGACGAAAACAACGGUGCAAACUCAGAGCCGCAAACCUCAGACUACGACCCAGAACGGGAAACGCGUCUGUGA